AUGCCAAACAUUCUAAUUACCGGAAGCGCCCGCGGCCUCGGCCUCGAGAUGGUCAAGCGAAGGAUCGUCGCGCAAUCUAAUGGCCGUGUUGUGUUCAUUCCUCUCGAGGUCACUGAUGAAGCGAGCGUCUCCCAGUCUGUGAAGGAGACCCAGUCGAUUCUGGGCCAGUCGAGUUUGGACAUUCUUGUCAACUGUGCGGGAGUUAUGUCGGCCUCGGAUGGCAAGGUGGCGGAGAUGGAUAACCUGGAAUGGCAUAUGUCUGUGAACGUGACAGGCGUGCACAAUGUCAUCCGCGCAUACCUUCCUCUGAUGCAGAGCGGACAGGUAAAGAAGGUUAUCAACAUCUCGAGUGCACUCGGAUCCAUUACGAGAGCCCCGCAGAUGACCUUUGCCACUGCCCCAGCCUAUAAAAUCAGCAAAGCGGCUCUCAACGCGCUGACAGUGCAAUACGCCCUAUCCUACCAGGAUGAGGGCUUUACUUUCAUCGCACUGUGCCCUGGCUGGGUUCAAACCGACAUGGGCAGCGAAAAAGCCCAUCUCACGGUCGAUCAAGGAGUUAGGGGUAUAAUGGAGGUUAUCAACUCCGUCGAGCAGAAAGACAACGGCACGUUCAAGAACACCUAUCAACCUGGAUGGGACAUUUACGACGGCAAGGGAAUUCCAUUUUAG